AUGGCCUCCAAGAAGCAGCAGCAACAACAACAGCAACAGGAAAUGGUUCAGGUCGACCGCACCUCAUCAGCAUCUCCCUUCUGGAAGACCACCUCCAACACCUCGAGCUCGUCGCAGAACAAGAAGAUCAUAGGCGCGUCCUAUUCACACGCUGAUAUACUCAAUUUCAGUUCAUUGAGCCUCUCCAAAACCAAUUCGCGACCUCAAACCCCCCCAUCCACCAACCAUAGUCGCGAGUCUAGCGCUGCCCCAGCCCGGACAAGCAGCACAACCUCCCCACGACCUACAAAACACAACUACAGCAGUUUCCUUCGCGACACCCACCAGGACUGGAACGAUGAGGAGGGGGACGGUGACAUCAUGUUCGAAGACGACGAGGAUGAGUUUGGUCUUCCAAGCAUCGCAAACAUGAGGAGAAAAGGACGGCGGAAGCAGCCAUCCAUAGGAAAGGAUGCAGGGGGUUCAAGUGGUCGAAACAGCUUGGGCUCGACGGCAUGGCGUGCUAUAGACAGUGGCGACAUAGCCGAGGAAAGAGGCGUUCCCAACUAUCCCACGGCGAAGAAGUUGGAAGGAAAGAUACUGCGGCCGCAAUAUCAAGAGAUACUACGCGACCCAGCCAAUUCCUUGCAUCUCAUUUCGCACUCCCCUGUACCAACGAACGCCUCCGCAAAGCAAAUCGAAGAGCACUCUGCGCGGACAACAAGAAUCAACAAAUUCAAACGAAUACUACAGGCGAGCACCAUCUCCUUAUCCGAGCUGCGCGACUCGGCGUGGUCGGGUGUACCAUCUGAAGUUCGCGCCAUGACAUGGCAGAUUCUUCUGGGCUAUCUCCCAACCAGUAGCGAGCGCAGAGUUGCGACGCUGGAACGAAAACGAAGGGAAUACCUGGAUGGCGUGCGGCAAGCUUUUGAACGAGCUGGAACGGGUGCUAUAUCCUCGACAAAUCGUGGACGGGCUCGCGGCCUAGACGAAGCAAUCUGGCAUCAGAUCAGCAUUGACGUACCUCGAACAAAUCCACAUCUCGAACUCUACAGUUACGAGGCAACACAACGGUCUCUGGAAAGGAUUCUCUACUUAUGGGCUAUACGGCAUCCCGCCUCAGGAUACGUGCAAGGUAUCAAUGACCUGGUCACACCAUUUUGGCAGGUUUUCCUCGGCGCCUACAUCUCGGAUCCAGACAUCGAGUUUGGUAUGGAUCCUGGUCAACUGCCAAAACAGGUAUUGGAUGCUGUGGAAGCAGAUUCGUUUUGGUGUCUUACAAAGCUCCUUGAUGGUAUACAGGACAACUAUAUCGCGCAACAACCAGGUAUUCAACGGCAGGUUGCAAGUCUACGAGAUCUCACUACACGCAUCGACGAUGGGUUAGCGAAACACUUGCAAAAUGAGGGGGUCGAGUUCAUACAGUUCAGCUUCCGAUGGAUGAACUGUCUCCUUAUGCGCGAGAUCUCCGUCAAGAACACAAUACGGAUGUGGGAUACAUAUCUGGCUGAAGAAGACGGGUUUUCGUCCUUCCAUCUCUACGUCUGCGCCGCAUUCCUCGUAAAAUGGUCUGAUCAGCUCCGUAAAAUGGAUUUCCAGGAGGUCAUGAUGUUCUUGCAAGCUCUGCCGACGCGGCAAUGGACCGAAAAAGACAUCGAGUUGUUAUUGAGUGAAGCAUUCAUCUGGCAAAGUCUCUUCAGAGGGAGCAGUGCGCAUUUAAAGAAUACAGGGUCAAGUAGUGGUGGCGUAGGCAUGGGUCCUGAUUUUUGA